GGGAGGGCGUGUCCUGCAUCGAUCAAGCCUUGUCUAUUACCCACAAAAAUCUUCCCACCUUAUCUCUUCAGCUCACUGCCCGGCUACCCAUUUUGCCCCAUAAAUUGGCCCUCACUCAUCCUCCCACUCUUCAGACUAAGCUGUUCCCAACUCAUCGCCAUACCAUCAGCUAAAACCCUAAACCCGUCAGACAAAAAAAAUGCAGGCAGCAGCUUUGAUCUCUGCACCAUCAGCAGCAGCCCUCCCCCUUGCGAGGACACCGCCCUCCAAGAAUAACCCUGCCUCUCCAUGGAACAACUCCGUUAGUCCUGCACUCCAAACUUGCAGGUCCCCCCAGCUCACGGCCAAAGCAGCUGCUGCGGCCUCUGAGACUUCCACCGUUGAUUACGGCUCCAUGGCCUCGAGCGUGUUUCCGGCAGAAGCAUGUGAGACGAUUGGGGGAGAGGCUUGUGAUGUGGAAAUGUAUCCUGAAGUGAAACUGAAACCAGAGGCCAAUACCGACACUGCCAAGGCUGCUUCAGAGUUGAUAGACAGAGACUAUUUUGAGUACGACGGUCCCAAGACGGUGUUCCCGGCUGAGGCUUGUGAUGAUCUGGGUGGAGAGUUCUGUCAGCCGGAGUACCAAAAAGGAGUGUACUAGUUGGAGAUUUCCUGUACAGAUACAAUAAGAAUUUUAUUUUUAGCUAUAUAUAUAUAUAUAUAUAUAUAUAUAUAUAUAUAUAUCUUUUGUUUUUGUUUUUGUUUUUUUAAAUGCAUUACACUUUGUAAUUCGUAUAAAUAAGAUGUAGGUCUGUGAAAUGGCAACUCAUAUAAUGUAAUAACCAUGUAAAGAUUUUUAUUAAUCAAGAAAUGAUGGUAUCCAAAUUCCACCA